GUGAUACGAUAUACUGAAAUACGAUACGAUGGUUCUGAGCGAUCGAUACUAUCGCAAGAACGGAAGGCCACCACUGAAAGUUGUCUUCCGCCAUUUCCUCCAUAUUGGUUUUUUUGUGAAGUUGGCGUUGGCGGAUUUUAUAAUAUCAAACCCAAUUAACUAAUCGAAACUAAUUAAAAUAAAACUCGCAUUUAGGUCCAACGUAUAGUUAAGCACUGUGUCAUUAGACGACACAUUAUAAUGGCGGAAGUAAAGCAUCUGGAGGAUCCCCACAAAUCGGAGAACGACAGGAAAAUGUACAAAUCUCUUGUGCUGGGCAAUGGGUUACAAGUUUUGAUCGUUUCGGCACCAUCGGUUGGCAUUGGAUUUCCCAAUAACUCCUCCUGUGCCUUGAUGAUCGACCACGGUCCAUUCGCCGAUCCGUGCAACUAUCAGGGCCUGGCCCACCUUCUGCAACAUAUGGUAUUCAUGGGCAGCAAGCCAGAUUCGGCGGAGAAUGUCUUCUUUGCGCAUGUGGAAAAAAACGGCGGCGAAUGCUCCUCAUCAAUCUUCAGCGAGGACACGCUUUUCUCCUUUACUGUGCCCGAUGAACACUUGGAUUCGAGUCUAGAAUACUUAAUGUUCUCUCUGAAGCAUCCGUUGAUGGUGCAGGAGACGAUGGAACGUGCCCGCGCUCUCGUGGACUCUGAGUUUCAGCAGAAGGUGCAAAAUGAUGUAUUUCGUCGCAACCAGCUGCUCGCCAGUCUGGCCACCGAUGGCUAUCCGCAUGGCUCCUUUAACUGGGGUAACAUGAAAUCGCUUAAGGAUAAAGUCGAUGACAGUGCCCUGCACAGAGCCCUUCACGAUGCCUGGCGCGAUAACUAUGCGGCCAAUCGCAUGUACGUGUGCCUGCAGGGUAUCAUGCCUAUCGAUGUGCUAGAGAACAUGGUGGUACGCCACUUUUCCAAGCUGCUCGCAAUGACAUCAAGGCGCCCGACCUGACCAAGUUCGAUUACCGCAACGCCUUC